AUGGAUCCGACGAUGCAACCUUCUGAAUUCAUCGACGCCAUCCCGCUGCUCGAAUCGGCCCUUGCGGAGCUCUCGAAGGGCCAACUCGUCCGCGACGAGCGGUAUGGGAUGAUGGAUCUCAUGAGUGCAAUCGAGAUCAACGACGGCCGGACAGACACUUUCCUCCAUGCGCAGAAGGAACGCCAAGCCCGAUCCGCCGACCUUCCGCCCUUCAAUCCGUCUGUCGAGCUCAGCGCAGAAGAGUUGCUUUGGGUGCACGAUGAGCUGCUGCGACUCGAAGCAACCUUUCGAGACGGCCACCCUCUCUCCUCCACUCUCUGGACCUGCAACCUCCUUCGCCCACCCUCUCUCGCCGCGCUUUGCGACCCAGGACGCAGCGCGCCCGGACCCUCCGUUGAAGAGGAUUACUUGCGACCAACUGACUUGCGGACGGUGGUCCUUCGCGCUCUGCUCCUUGGGACACUGAAGACAUCGGAGAUCAUGUGGGAGGAGACCGGCAAGGCGCAGCUGUACGAGCACGAAGAUGUCCACCUAUCACUCUCCACUCUCUCGUUCAACUCGCUCAUGUCAGCCUGCUAUCCACCUGCGACGCCUUCUCCGCCUCUGCCAGCCGAUCCUUUGCGAGCCGACCCGCCGUCUCGUCAGGUACAAGAACGAACAGUCUCGGUAGACGAUGUUCUACGAGAUCUCGACGAGGCACUGCAGUGGGUUCAGGAGGCGCAGGCGUCUGGAGCCGAUUGGGCGGAGGAUGAGAAGGUGCUUGACCAGUUGCGCUUCAGGCUGAUGAUGCGGAUAGACCUGCUUUAUGCGACCGCUCUCCUCACCUUUCCAGCGCACACCUCGCCACGCACUAUCACGCACCACCUCGAUCGCCUCAUCGCGUACUGCUCCGCUUUCCCCUCGGCGUCCGAGACCCCAUCUUCUGUCUUCACCCCGUCUCCAGCGCUUCGAGCCUUCUUCCUCCCGUCCGCCUCCAUCCCGCUGCUCGCGACCCAACAACCUCCUCGACCCGUCACCUCCAUGUCGGUCGGCGAGGCGUACGAUCAGCUGCGCAACAUGGCGUCUGAUCUGAAGGGCCUGAUGUCGUUCUGGUCGGCAUGGAUCGAAGGAGAUGCGGUAUGGAAGGAUCUGGCGGAGUGGACGCGCGAGCGAGGGAGAAAGGCGUCGGUGCCGUACAUGCGCUCGAUUCAACAGUCCGUCAUCGCCUCACCGACACACCUCUUCAGCGUCUCGAACCACCUCCAUCUCUCGCUCUCCUUCCUGCGCAUUUUCGUCCCCCUCUCGCCUACACACCUCAACACGCUCUUCUCGACCCUCCUCUCCCUCCGCUCAACCGAAACGGACCCCUCUCAACUCGCUCACAAGGCAAUCGGAUUCUUCGAGCGCCUCGCCAGCGAGUUCCUCAUCAAGAGCUCGGUACACCUCUGCGGCCAGAAUCGAGGACGGCAGCGACGGUUGGCGAUCAAGUCGCUGCGAGGGUGGCUCGAACUUGCUCGCGAGGCCGACGAGCAGGUCGUGCCGCUGCUCAAGAGCCUGCUACCCAGUCUUCCGCUCGACGUCGCGGGACGGCAGGAGCUCGAGCACGGGCUUCAGUCUAUCUCGAAGGCGAUCGAGGUGCAGAGCAUGCUCAUCGCGCUCGAAGCGCUCAUGAGCGGGCUGGAGGAGCAUGUUGGGCUGUUUGAUGCGGAGGAGGAGAAGCGGCAGGCAUGGUGGACUGGCGGUCGACUGGCGGCGCAUCUUGCGACGCUUUUGACGGAUCUGGAGACGGCUGGUGUGGCAAGAUGGGAAGGCGUGGAGUACGUCGAGGCGAAGCAGCUCGAAGCCAAGGCUAUGAUCAUGAUCCUCCCCGUCACUCCCGCACCGCCCAAGUUUUCCAACCCAUUUCUCGCCGACCUCGCCAUCCCGCCACGAAACGCUGCUCGAGGUCGCUUCCUACAGCGCUUCAGCUGGCUCGACGUGCUACCGCAGCCGAAGAGCGAGGAAUUGGCGGACUGGGGCGCAUAUGAGAUGGCGGUCGGGGAGGCUCGGUCUACGACGCCUGGUCAACUGGCUGAGACGGCCGCAAAAGCCUACGGCGCUGCAGUUGCAGCGCUCACCGCCGGCGCUACGAUCCCGCUCGCUGAACGAGGCGUCGCCGUUCAGCCGGAGCCGUCCUUGCGGCGACUCGCCGCUCUCCGCCGCACAGCGAUCGCCAACCAGAACCGCCUGUCGAGCCUGACUCGCUCGCACGACGAGACAACGGCAACGGACGCGGGAGAGAAGGCGAGACGGACAACGAUGAAGUGGGAUGCCGCGUGGUUCCCUUGCUGGAUGGAGGCGCAGCAGUAG